CAGAAGUAUCUCACACCAAACAUAUAUGGUAUACAAUGCUUUUGUCAUAGUGGACGCGAUGUUAUAGCUUUUGUUUUGAUGCUGUUACAUGCUGCAGGGGAUGUAAAAAGCCAUGUCUUUAUCCAUUGCUUCUUAUUCGUCCUCUUUCCCUCUCACAAACCCUCAAUUCACUAAACUGGAAUGUAACAAAUUGAUUCUGCCAAGCAAGCUCUCUUUUCAUAAGGCAUUAGGAUCUAGAGAAACCAGGUGUAAGUACUCUCAUUGGAAUCCAAUACAUUGGAAUAACGUUGGUAUUAGAAUUGGAGAAAGACGCCAAGAACACAGGGAGGGAAAGGUUGAGGUACUGGGUAGAGUGUAUAAUGAAGGAAAGUCCAAGUUAAAAAAUCCUAUUGCCGUAGAUUUGGAUGAGUAUGCUCACCUCUUGAAGGAAUGCACUGAGUUGAAAUCUCUGGAGCGAGGGAGGAAGGUCCAUCAACUUAUACUAGACUCUGGUAUUGACAUAACUGUUUAUUUAGGAAACCUUUUGAUAAGUAUGUAUGCAAAAUGUGGCAGUAUUGAAGAUGCACGACAAGUGUUUGACAAAAUGCCUGUGCGGAAUGUGAUCUCCUGGAAUUCAAUAAUUGCAGGAUACGUACAGAAUAGUUAUGAUAGAGAAGCUUUGAAAAUAUUUGGGAAAAUGAGGCACGAAGUCAUGCGGACUACUAAGCUUACCUUUGUUAGUGUGCUCAGAGCAUGUACAGUCCUAGAAGAGCUAGAAAUGGGCAAGCAAGUACAUGAUUUUAUCCUGAAGAUGGACUUGGCAUCAGAUGCAACUCUAAGAGAUGCACUUAUUAAAAUGUAUACUAAAUGUGGGAGCAUGGAUGAUGCAUAUUCAUUGUUUAUUUCUGGGAACCCAAUUGCAUUUUCUUGGACUCCAAUGAUUAUGGGUUAUGUGCACAAUGGACAGCAUGAGGAAGCCUUGAAACUUUUCUGCAGAAUGCAACAGGCCGGUGUUGCGCCAGAGUCAUUCACAUAUGUAACUACUCUUAGUUCAUGUGCUAGUUUAGAAGACGUAGAACAUGGUGAGCAGCUCCAUGCCCAUGUCAUCAAAACCGGCUACGAACUAAAUCUGGUUGUGGCUAAUGCUCUUAUUACUAUGUAUGCAAAUUGUCGAAAGGUAGAGCAGGCCCGAAAGAUGUUUGACAGAAUGCCUGAACGAGAUGUGAUCUCAUGGAAUGCUAUGAUUGCUGGAUAUGCUCAGAAUGAGUGUGGUUAUGAGGCCUUGAAACUCAUUCAUGGAAUGCAAUCAGAAGGCAUGAAACUUAAUUUCACACUUAAUGAGUUCACUUUUGCUAGUGUUCUUACCGUAUGCGCGAGUUUAUCAAUAGUUCAAUGUGGCAUGGAACUUCAUGCACAUAUCAUCAAAACUGGAUUUGGGAGAAAUGUGUUUGUUGGAACAGCUCUUGUGGAUAUGUAUUCAAAAUGUGGCAGCAUAGAAGCUGCAUACACUAUUUUAAAUGAAAUGCAAGUACAAGAUUUGGUUCCAUGGAAUGCAAUGAUAGCUGGAUAUGUUCAGAAUGGACGUGCAGAGGAGGCCUUGAAGUUUUUAAGCCAAAUGGAACUGCAAGGUAUGAAGCCAAACAUGUUCACACUUGCCAGCAUUCUCAAGGCUUGUGCCAGCAUGAAAAAUUUGAAACAUGGUGAACAAAUCCAUGCGCGUGUCAUUAAAACUGGAGUUGAGUCUGACAUUUUUGUGGGAAGUUCCUUGGUUGACAUGUAUGCUAAAUCUGAGAGUGUAGAAUCUGCAGCUAGAGUUUUUCACAGUAUGCCCGAACAGAACAUUGUAUCAUGGAAUUCGAUUAUUGCAGGCUAUGUUCAAAACAGGCACGGUGAGGAAGCCUUAAAGCUCUUCUGCGAAAUGCAACAAGCUUGCUUAAUGCCUGACAAUUUCAUCUUAGCAAGCAUCCUUGGUGCAUGCACAGACCUAUCAGCCCUUGGAAGUGGGCAGCAGGUCCAUGCCCUUAUAAUCAAAACUGGAUUUGAUUCAGAUGACUGGGUGGGAAGUGCUCUGGUUGACAUGUAUGCAAAAUGUGGAAUCUUGGAAAAUGCACGGACAGUAUUUGAUGAAAUUGUGGAUCCAGAUGUUGUGGCAUUGACUGUGAUGAUUGCAGCAUAUGCUCAGCAUGGUAAUGGCAAGGAAGCUCUUCAGCUGUUUGAACAAUUAAAAAUGACAGGCAUGACACCAGAUCACAUUACCUUUACCAGUGUUCUCAGUGCAUGCAGUCAAGAAGGCUUGGUGAGCAAAGCUAGUGAGUACUUCCAUUCUAUGAGUCAAACUUACAGAAUAACACCAAGAAUGGAUCACUAUGCCUGUAUGGUAGAAGUUCUUGGUCGCUCCAGAAGCCUAUAUGAGGCAGAGAGCUUUAUCAAGGAAAUGCCAUUUGAACCCAGUUCUGUAGUGUGGUGGCAAUUGCUUGUUGCCUGUAGAUACCAUGGUGAUAUGGAACGAGGAAAACUUGUGGCGGAAAAGAUUUUGGAAAUGGAACCAGAAAACCCACUAACAUAUGUACUUCUAUCAAACUUUCACACUGCUGCUGGAAGGCUACAAGAUGCUGCAGAGGUGCAAAUUAAGAUGAAAGAAAAAGGGCUGAAAAUGGAGCCAGGGCAAAGUUGGAUUGAACUUAAAAGUAGAGUGCAUAUAUUUUCAGCAUGGGACAGAUCUCACCCACAGAUAGAGAAAAUCUAUACAACAUUAGAGGAGUUGAGUAAGAAAAUGGAAGAGGCAGGGUAUGUAACUAACUCAAAAUUUCUUUUAUAUGAAUUGGAAGAUGAAAACAAUGAGCAGCAUCAUUGCUAUCAUAGUGAGAAGCUGGCUGUUACUUUUGGGCUUAUCACCAUCCAUCCUGAAGUGCCUAUCCGAAUUGGUAAAAACUUCUAUGUCUGUGAUGAUUGCCACAGAACAAUGGAGCAUAUUUCUGAAGUUGUUGGGCGAGAAAUAAUUCUGCGGGACUUGAAUGGCUUUCAUCAUUUUAAGCAUGGAAGGUGUUCUUGUGGGAAUUAUUGGUGAGUAUUGUAACAAAUAAAUGAAAAUCUUUCAUCGUUGUUGGAA